GAAUCGUAACUCAAAGAAGGAUAUAAAAAUGGAGUGGGUUGAGUGAUGAAGAGUACUUUGUUUGUUACAGUUCCUAUGGCUCUCUCUAUCAGACCCUCUGUGAGAGUGCAGCCUGAACAAAGAGAUUGGAUCAGCUGCUUCGAUUCUCUGUUGGCGAGGUUGGUGUCGUGCGGCAUCUGCUCACCGGACAAACACGACACCAGUGACGAGGAGAUACCAAACUUGGAGGUAAUCGAGGUGGUGGCGGACGGUGGCUACGGGCGAGUCUACCGGUGCCUCGAUCCUGCCUCCGGCAACGUCUUCGCCGUGAAACAGAUCGCAAUAAUCGGCGCGUUCCAGGGUGUACCGUCUGCGAUCAUCCGCGAAGUGUCGCUCCUCAAAGAACUCCACCAUAAGAACAUUGUGAAGUUGCUUAAAGUCUAUGUGAAGGGAGAAAGACAUGUCAAUCUUGUCUUCGAGCAUGUCCAGGGCGACCUUCAUGACUAUAUUAGGCACAAGCGUUAUCGCAAUUACGCGAUUAUAAAGAGUUUCAUGCAGCAGAUACUCGCUGCUCUGGAAUUCUGCCAUUCGCGUAAGGUUCUGCAUAGAGAUUUGAAACCCGGCAAUGUGCUGGUUGAUGAACCCAAUUUGCAGAUCAAACUUGCCGAUUUUGGUUUGGCUAGAGAGUUUAGAGAUGACAUAUCAUAUACUGACCAGUUAGGAACUGCCUGGUACAGGGCACCUGAAAUGUUGUGCGACAACUGUCAAUAUUCAUCUCCAAUUGAUUUGUGGGCUGCUGGCUGUGUAUUUGCUGAGAUGCUAAUUGGAGGACCUCUAUUCAUAACUAAUAAGAACCGGGAUGAGUUGCAGGCAAUUUUCAGACUGUUAGGUACUCCUACAGAGGAUACAUGGCCAGGAAUCACUCAAUUAAUGCCUAGCCUUCAUAAUAAGUACCCGAAAUAUAAUCCAGUGGGCAUGGACAAACUCUUUCCUCAACUGGAUGAAAGUGGCCAGAAUCUUCUUGCAAGAUUGCUUUGCUUGAACCCAAUUGAAAGGAUUUCUGCAUCAGCCGCUCUAAACCAUGAUUACUUCAAGGAUGUUGAUUUGAUUUGGGAAGGAAAUCCAAGGGAGCUGUCGUCGAGUUGCAUUCCUUUUCGAUGA